AUGGAGGCCUUGCAGCAGGCAUUGCCUGACAGGACGCUUCCCACAACAACGCUUGGGGGCCAUGACCAGAGUCAGAACGUGAAGAAUUACACUGUUCAGCCGACCAGUAGUGAAGAGGUUUCCAGGUUUAUAAAAGUUAUCAAGCCACUCGUUCUCAAAGGCAAAACAACCUUCGCCAUUCGGGAUGGGGGUGUCUUUUCACCUCCAGGGGACAAAGAAGCCAGGAACGAUACCAUCAUUCUGGACCUCAGUCAAAUGACUGGCGUCAGUCUUAGACCGGAUGGGAUCGCCGCAAUUGGAGCCGGCGAGCGCUGGGACAACGUCCUGGAGAAUCUUGGAAAGUCGAAUGUCAGUACUACCAGUUGGCGCAAUGGCGGAAGAGGUAUCGGGAAACUUGCCUUAGAAGCAGGUCUUUCAUUCUUCUCGUCAAAUAGGGGCUUCGUCUCUGACAAUGUGGCCAACUACGAGGUCGUCUUGGCUUCCGAAGACAUUGUCCAUGCCAAUGCCAAGGACAACCCCGACUUAUGGGCUUCUUUGAAAGGUGGAUCAAACAAUUUCGGGAUCGUAACACGAUACGAUAUGGAAACAUUUCCACAAGGACCAAUGUGGGGUGGCUACGUCUACUAUUAUCCCCCCAAGCUUCCCCGAUCAGAUUGA